GCGCAAAUUACCUUUAGUACGCUCUACCUAUACCAGCUACAUCAUCACACUCUGGCGAUGGAAUUCUCCGUGUGACCUUCGUGGUUUGAGAGGCAAUUAAAGGAUGUUUCCACAAGUAAAUAUCACGUCCCGGAAAUGUCUGCGCGAACUGGUACUCCGUGACCACGAGACUUACUGCAGCCAUAUUCCAAGACCAAUAGAGAGUUUCAGGCUUACUUAUUGGAAUCAAGGCAAGAGGAACAGCACUUACCGCCCUGGGCUGAAAAAGUUGUGAACGUACGUCACAAGUAUUACAGGAAAGGAGACUUCCUCGUCUGCAUCCGCUAGCUGAUAAACAGCAUAUCCUCUGUCGCGCCAGAAGACAGCGCAACACUCCUCAGUGAUGUCUCCUUUCAUCUUUCUCGUAGCCUUCGUGACGUCGGUCCAGACGACGCAAGGUUUGACUAAACCGGACAAAAUCAAAGAGGAGCUUCUGGACUGGCUGUUGGACGGCAUCGAUCCACAUCAUGAGACAGAAUUUGAGGGCUACGACGGAUGGUACAACAACCCUAGCCAUCCUGAACUAGGAUCUGCUGAUAGCCAUUUGAUCCGCCUUGUGCCACCACAGUACUCGGAUGGCUCUUAUCAACCGAGCGGGAAAAAGCGUCCCAACCCUUUCACUGUCAGCGAAAGAACGAUGAAAGGGGAAUUUGGCCAGGUAUCCAGGACUGGAAAAACUGCUUUCCUGGUCUUCUUCGGACAGCAAGUAGUGGAGGAAAUCCUAGACGCUCAGAGACCGGGAUGUCCUCCAGAGUACUUUAACAUUCCCAUUCCAGAAGGACACGAGUUCCGCAAUGUGGGAGUCUCGGCGAUGCCUUUUCUCCGCACCCGAUACGACGUCAACACAGGGAAUUCUCCCAACAACCCGAGAAGACAAAUUAACGAGAUAACGCCGUGGAUCGAUGGAGGUUUGACGUACGGGACUUCCAAAACGUGGGCAGAUACGCUACGGUCUUUCAAUUGUGGAACACUGGCCUCCUCUCACGGCGGUCAGUUCCCUGUGAUGAACAGCAUACGUCUGCCUAUGGCCAAUCCUCCGCCUCCGCGCUUCCAUCAACUCAGGCCCGUCUCCCGGUUUUUCCGACUGGGCAACCCGCGAGGCAACGAGAACACGUUCCUACUUGCCAUGGGAACUCUCUGGUUCCGUUUCCACAACAGAGUUGCAGAAAAGAUGUGCCUCAUGUUCGGAACAAAGGCAGCGGGUUCCACUAAUGCGACUUCCUUGAAAUUAUGGAAUGAAGAACGAAUCUUCAACGAAGCCCGCAAGCUGGUCAUUGCCAUUCAUCAGCACAUCAUCGUUAACGAUUGGCUGCCGGAGUGGCUGGGAGAAAGUCUUCCAAAAUACGAAGGUUGGGACUCUAGUAUUGAUCCAGGUAUCGCCACCGAAUUCCAAUCAGCAGCGAUGAGGUUUGGACACACUCUAGUUACAGCAGGUGGCUACAGAAGGACCACAGAAUGUGACGUCAAUAAAGUACAGUACGAGAUGGAAGGAAAGAAACACACUGUGACGGGAGUUCGAACCUGUAACUCAUUCUGGAAUCCACAGGAAGCCCUCGUGCGGGAUGGAAUAGAACCCAUGGUGAUGGGAUUAUCAUCCCAAGCAGCGGAACGUGAGGACAACGUUAUAGUAGAAGAUCUUCGAGGCCGUGUAUUUGGGCCAUUGGAAUUCUCGAGACGUGACCUAAUGGCCAUCAACAUCCAGAGAGGACGCGACCACGCCAUUCCUGACUAUAAGACUGCCAGGAAACACCUGGGUCUCCACGUUAACUUCACCACUUUUCAAGAGAUGGGUUACAAGACGAGCCCUUUCCUCAUGCAGGAAAAUCCUCAGUUAUUUACGGAAGUGAUGCCAGAGUUGUACGGCAACUUGACGGAUGACGUGGACAUGUGGAUUGGAGGACUCCUGGAGACGACAGACAGACCCGGAGAACUCUUCCGUACCAUCAUCAAGGAUCAGUUCCGGCGCAUUCGAGAUGGCGAUCGCUUCUGGUUCCAGAAUAGAGGGUUGCUCAGCGACAAGCUUAUCGAGAAAAUCGAAACACUUACCAUUUAUGACGUUCUCCUGGCGGGUACAGACAUAAAAGCUGGUGACAUUCAGAAGAACCCUUUCCGUCUGCCAUCAGAUAACAACGAUGGCCUCAAAGAAGAAUGUAAGGCUAAACUAACCUACACGUAUAACUGCACUUGGGGAAAUGAGACUAUUACGUGUCAUUCCCUGCCGCCCCUAAACAGCAGCCUAGUUGAGCCUUGCACAUCCCUAAAGACCUUCGACUACUUCACUGAGAGCGAAGUGUCUUAUGCUCUCACAUUUCUCUCUCUGGCACUCUUUAUAGUAGGCUGCGUCUUUCUACUCUUUUGGUUGGCGGUGCGGAGAAACCGCAUGGUGGCUGCAGAAAGGAAAUCACUCAGCAAGAGGAAGUCGGGAGAGCAGGGCCUUCUAGCCCGUGAGUGGGUAGGAAAAAAGCAAGGCUUCCGUCAGGUAUACCUCAGAUUUGAAGAAGCCAAGAAGAGGAUCGCUGUGGUCAGAGUGGGUGGCACAGCUCUCAGAAGAAUCGAUACUAAGAAUGUUCCUUCCGUCACCAUACAAGUAGCCUCUUCGAAAAAGAGGCAUUACUUCUUGCUCAGAGUCCCAAGAGAGUAUGACCUGGUACUCAAGUUGGACACGAAGGCAGAGCUGGAGAACGUAGUGGAAAUAGUGGAGAAAUUUCUGGCCAGCGUCGGUGUCGGCCGAGAACGAAUGGAAAUGGAAGUGGACACGUUGCGUCGUGGGGCCGUCACCUUUGAAUACCGUCAAAAGCAGUUGGACAAAUUCUUUCGCGUAGUCUUUGCUCAAGCAUUUGGCAUCGAGCAUGACCAGAGGGAGCUUCUGGCAUUGGAUGCUGUUGAAGCACGUGAAAUCGUCCAUCUCGAGCUGACGCCAUUUGAAUUCGCCUCCGCGUUGGCAGUGCACCCCGAUUCCACCUUCGUGCAGCAGAUGUUUGUCUUGGUAGACCGCGAUAACAACGGCUAUAUCUCCUUCAGGGAGUUUCUUGAUAUGAUGAUUAUUUUUGCGAAAGGUUCUGCGGAGGAUAAAAUGAAACUCAUGUUCGACAUGUACGACAUCGAUCAUUCCGGGAAGCUGACCAGAGAAGAAUUUGCUGGAAUGAUAAAGUCACUCUUGGAGUUGGCUAAUCAAAGCCUUUCUCAAGAGAAACUCACCGACUUGAUCAGCUCCAUGUUUCGGGAGGCGGGGCUCUCACAAAAACAGACCAUUACUCUUCAAGAUUUCCAACACCUACUGUCCAGUUAUAAAGAUCAGUUAGGCUACACCCAGCUCAACCUCGACAUAUCCUCGUUCGCCGGAGCGCCCCCUGCCGCUGUGAGUCGUAACAGUGUCGUCUACAAGGCACAGAACACUUUGGUUCGAGCUUACAGCUACUUCGGGGAUCAUAAGGGCCAUCAGAAAAGCAGUUAUCUCCACGUGGAACUCUUACGGGCCACAUACGACCAAAGCACGUUCGAGAAAUACAUGACUGUGCUCCGCAGAGUUGUGGAAAACAACCGUCUUCAUAUUUUCUGGCUCACGAUCUACACACUUGUUCUCAUGGGCAUCUUCGCCGAGAGAGCAUACUAUUACUCGGUGGAGCGGGAACAUGGCGGACUUCGCCGAAUCGCGGGCUACGGUGUCACCAUCACCCGUGGUGCUGCCAGUGGUCAGAUGUUUGCCUACGCCACACUACUGCUUACCAUGUGUCGCAACAGUAUCACAUUCCUACGAGAAACGUUUCUUCACCGCUACAUUCCAUUUGACUCUUCUAUUUCCAUGCAUCUCUACAUCGCCAUUUGGGCUGGAUUCUUCUCCAUCAUUCACAGUGUUGGCCAUGCCCUCAAUUUCUACCACAUCUCGACGCAAACAGCGGACGACCUGACUUGUCUCUUCCGGGAAUAUUACCACGCAACGGAUGAAUUGCCGAAGUUUCAUUAUUGGUGCUUUGGUACAAUCACAGGUCUGACGGGUGUGCUUUUGCUGAUGCUUCUGGUAGUGAUGUAUGUGUUUGCGAUACCCUACGCACGAAGACACGUUUUCAAUGCCUUCUGGAACACACACAAUUUGUAUCCAGCUUUCUACAUCCUCAUGGUGCUUCACGGUUUAGGCCGCCUCGUGCAGAACCCUAUCCUCUACUAUUUCUUGCUCGGUCCUUUGCUUCUCUUUGUCCUCGAUCGCCUCGUCUCACUGAGCAGAAAGAAAAUCGAGAUAUCGGUCAUGAAGGCUGAACAUCUUCCAUCAGAUGUGACUAUGCUGCAACUGAAGCGCCCUCAAAACUUUGAGUACCGAAGCGGACAAUGGGUUCGAAUCGCGUGUCUUGGCCUGAAUGGCUCGGAAUAUCACCCGUUCACAUUAUCUUCUGCCCCGCACGAGGACAACCUCAGUGUACACGUUAGAGCUCUGGGCCCCUGGACUAUCAACCUGCGCAGAAUCUACGACCCAAGUGGUUUGCCAGAGAAGCCCUACCCGAAGAUCUACCUUGAUGGGCCGUAUGGCGGUGGCCAUCAGGAUUGGUUUCGUUUCCCGGUGUCUGUCCUCGUCGGGGGAGGCAUCGGAGUGACGCCUUUUGCGUCUAUCCUGAAGGACAUUGCCUACAAAGCAUCAACGAACGCCAAACUGUCCUGCAAAAAAGUCUAUUUCAUCUGGAUCACACGCACUCAGAAGCAGUUUGAGUGGAUGACAGACAUCAUCAGGGAAGUGGAAGCCAAGGACCAGAAGAAUCUGGUCUCCGUUCACAUUUUCAUCACACAAUUCUACCAGAAGUUUGACUUGAGAACCACUAUGUUGUACAUCUGCGAACGGCACUUCCAGAAGAUAUCCAACAAGAGUCUCUUCACGGGCCUCAAGGCAGUUACCCACUUCGGGAGGCCUGAUGUGAAGCGCUUUCUCGACUCACUCCAACUGGAACACCCCAAUGUGACAAGGGUGGGUGUCUUCAGCUGUGGUCCUCUUCCAAUGACCAAGAGCGUCGAGGCUGCAUGCGAGCAACUCAACAAGAAGGAAGGGCCCAUUUUUGACCAUCACUUUGAAAACUUCUGAAUUGUUGCUUGAAACGAAUAAACGACAUUAUUGUUGAGGAAUCUAGCGCCAUCGACAUUAACAUCAGCUAUGGAAGAACAGAUAUGGGGAAGCGUGUGUCUAGCAGCUUACUGACUAGCAAGAGAGGGCGGAUGGUGAAUGGCUUUAUUCUCGUGUUCACCUCUGUGACAGCGGCAGUCAGCGGUUACAUGUACGUUAUGAAGACGUUCGAUAUUUACGGGUCGACGUCAUCCGCUCUCAUAUCUACAACGCCACAUCGUACCGUAGGAAUUGUUCACAACAAGACGACUCACUCCGUAAUAACGCUUGCUACGAAGCCGAAACUGUCCAAGCUCAAAUACUGGACCAAAAGACGGACUUCUAGAAAGACAACCACAUAUAGCAGUACUGCCUGGACACUACCAUCUACAAAGAGAGUUGAGACGUCUACGCGGAAUCCUUUGAUAUUUACUUUGAAAAGCGUCGAAGAGAUCGCCAAGGUAUUGGUGAAAAAUGCUAACAGCGAUGCCAACUGUACCGGGUGUUGACUGUCUCAUUCACCAGUACAGUUGCAAAAAGCAUACGUGCUAAUAAGCGACGAAUAAAUGCCCACGGAGUCCAAACGGCAUCCUUUUGGAUACCGAAAGAGAUCUUACGGCAGCUCACGAUCA